GACAUAUUUUUGGCCAACGGUUGUCUUCAGUUGUCUUCCUUCUCGAGAAUUCCCAGGUAGCACAUAUAUGUCCAAUCGGUACCUAUAAGUCACCGUUUUUAGGUUGUCUUUUGGAUUUUACUGAAAGGUAUACAUAUAUUGCUACCUGGGUAGUAAGAAAGUUAAUUUGAAAUUGCGCCACUAGAUUUGCUUAGAGGCGGCAGUUCAAAAAAGAUUUCUUGUUUACACAUCAAAGCAAGCUUGAAUUAAAAAUUUACAAGGUACCAAUGUAUUUAACAGUGCAGGCUGCGUAAAUUCGUUGCCACAGUAAUUGAAACACACAAUUGAAAUUCUAUUAUUAAUGAGAUUCAGUUUGUAUUGUAGAAAAUUUAUUCGCUGGAUCUUGUUCUUUGCCAGUUAGGUUAUUUGAUCUUUAAGAUCCUACAUGAGGUUUGAAUAAUUUAUAAUCAUUGAAUUCAUCAAUUCUUCAGAAUCCACAUUAAGAUGGAUGAUGAUAUCGAUACUAUUGCCUUCUAUGACGAUGAGGAAGAAAUGUGCGAAAAUGGAUGCAAUAAUGAGGGAUACACCGAUGACAAUGAUUUUGAAUAUGACUAUGAUUUAUAUUCUGAUGGUGGAAGCGAAACGAUUCCAAGGUUGAUACAUUAUUGCCUUAAACCAACAUUGUAUGAUGCUGCAAGCUACAUGGUUCCAUUGCUUGUAGCAUCACUGGCAUUUAAAAUAUUUGCACAAUCCCAAUUUACACCAUGCAGGAUAUUCCAUGGAAUUUCUGCGAUUACAGGACUCUAUGUGGUACAACAUUAUGUUCCUGAAUGUUUGCACUUGAUAAUCAUACUAAUAGCAGCAACGUAUAUCAGCCUGUACAUACCAGAAAAGUAUUAUAAAGGGAUAAAGGCAUUUUUACCGAGUAUUUUGGUCAUAUUUUAUUGUGAAUUAUGGAUGAAACCAGCUGAAUGGCAUAAAGUGCGCAGCGUCAUCAUGGUUGCAGCUAUGAAAGCUGUAAGUGUAGCCAUGGACAAUAUAUAUAUUGAAAAGAGGCCCAACCUUUGGGAAUAUUCUGGUUAUAUGCUGUGUGCAUCGACCUGUCUUUUUGGGCCUUGGAUAUCGUUUAAAGACUAUGUUGCUCUUUAUCACAGAAAUCAUUGGACUGCCUGGUGGGCAUUGGCAACCAUUGGUAAUCUCUUAAUAUCAUUUGUCUUCCUAAGUAUAUCAAACUGCUGGACACAAUGGAUGCUAUCAGCAAAUGCUGGAAAAUGGCUUGUUGCUUAUCGAGACGCAUUGGCCUUCAGAGCAUCACAUUACUUCAUCUCCUAUACAGCAUCAGGAAUUUUGCUUCUAGGAGGCCACCCAGUAUCUCUGACAACGAUAACAAAGCCCUUCCAAAUUGAGUUGCCACACUCUCUCGUCCAAGUGGUUGUAUGCUGGAACAUUCCAAUGCAUUUCUGGCUAAAAACUUAUAUCUUUCGUCCCAGUGUGAUGCACUUGGGAAAAUUUGGCGCUGUGAUAGUCACGUACUUAACUAGCUCUCUUCUGCAUGGAUUAAACUUUCAAUUGGCAGCUGUACUUCUCAGCCUUGGAUUCUAUACAUACGUAGAGUUUCAAUUAAGAUCCAUUCUGGCCAAUACCUUCGACGCAUGCAUUGCAUCAAAACGUUGUUCAGAUCGGAAAUGUUCCCACGCGCGAACAGUCAGCAAUUGUUGGUGGGUGACCGUGACAAAUCUAGGAUUUUCAGCACUAUCCGUUUUCCAUCUAGCCUAUUUAGGUUUGGCAUUUGACACGUCAGAAUUGCAGGAAACCGGUUACAGCUAUGCCCACACUAUGGACAAGUGGUCGCAAUUGGGAUUUGCUAGCCAUUGGGUAGCACUUGCUACAUAUUGUGCUUAUUUUUUAAUUAGGUAAUUAUUGCAACAUCUCUUUUUCCCGUCGUGUAUACAUAUGUCCUUAUUCUCAUUGACAGUUUCAUUAUUUCAACAAUUAGCACCUUCAGUAUUACAGCAAUUGUUUUAACGCAUUUAUUAUGAUAGGAUAAGGAAACUUUUAAGAAAUAGAACAGCAAGAAUCAUAUCGAGCUGCAUUUUCAAAGAUAUGUGUAACUUUGUAUACUUUUGUAUGAUAAAUAAAUCUAUUUUUAUUGACCAGUU